UUCAGUUCAAAAUGGGCGUGGAGUCCACUUGCGUUCAUAUAACAAAACUCUCAAGGAGCAAGUUGGAAACACCAGACUGAUAAACUUACAACAUGGCAGCAGUGAAAACGUGCAAAAUCUUGAUCACUGGAGCGAACCGGGGCUUGGGCUUAGAAACUGUUAAACAACUAACAGAGGAUUCUGUUCAAAAACGUCAUAUUUUUGCUACCUGUCGUGACCCAGAUGGACCAAACUCUGAGGAAUUAAGAGAUCUUGCAAAAAAGCAUCCAAGUGUGAUCACCAUCAUACGUCUUGAUGUUGAUGAUCCAUGCAGUAUUAAAGAGUCUUCCAAGAAAGUGGGAUCUCUGCUGGGAAACGGUGGUUUGAAUCUGCUUGUGAAUAAUGCUGGAAUCGUGGCAAGAGGCACACUUCAGACCUGCAAUGUUGAAAACAUGAAAAACACUUUCAACACCAACGUGAUAGGAACCUUGUUAAUGAUUAAAGAGUACCUACCAUAUUUGCAAACAGCAGCCAAAGCCAGUGGGACACCAGGCAUGUCCUGUAAUAAAGCAGCCAUCAUCAAUAUUACCAGCGUGGCUGCAUCCAUGAUCAGGAUGCCUCUUUUGCACACCCAGUACCCAGUGUUACCGUAUGCUGUUUGCAAGGCAGGUUUAAACAUGCUGACUGUGUUAGCUGCUGAAGAGUUAAAGGUGGAUGAGAUCCUCUGCAUGGCCCUUCACCCAGGAUGGGUGAAAACUAAAAUGGGUGGAAGAAAAGCACCACUUGAACCAAAGGAAAGUGUGGAGGGGAUGCUGCGGGUCAUUGACAGUCUCACUGAGAAACAGCACGGUGCAUUCCUGGACUACACUGGAGAAACCAUUCCCUGGUGAACCAGAAGAAAACCACCAGAAGUGGUCAUGAAAGGGCUGAUCUAGGUCCAAAAUUCCUUAUUAAAUCUAUUCAUCACAAAAGGACACAAAAUCAUAAAUCCAUCACAAGGCAUGAGUCAUUAGCACUUAAUUUCAGCCCAUCAGUUUGUGACAAAAUGAUACAGUUUUAUACAAUAAAACUCUGGUCUGGCUCUGGUCUGAUCGUAACACAA